GGAACUGCAGAAAGCUACCAGCAAUUUCACAAAACUGUUGGGCCAAGGAGCCUUUGGUCCUGUAUACAAAGUUGACAUGUCAUCUGAUGAGAUACUGGCUGUUAAAGUACUUGCUAACAAUUCAAAGCAAGGUGAAAAGGAGUUCCAAAAUGAGGUCUUACUUCUUGGGCGAUUGCACCACAGGAAUCUGGUGAACUUGGUUGGCUACUGUGCUGAAAAAGGGCAACACAUUCUGUUAUAUGCAUACAUGCCUAAUGGGAGCCUUGCAUCGCACUUAUAUGGUGAAAACAGUGCACCACUGAGGUGGGAAUUGAGGGUAAAUAUAGCUCUAGAUGUUGCUAGGGGGUUGGAAUAUCUACAUGAUGGGGUUGUUCCUCCAGUAGUUCAUCGGGACAUCAAAUCAUCAAACAUUUUACUGGAUCAGUCCAUGCAUGCUAGGAGUCACUAUUGCCUCAGAGAUACGGAAGGUGUAGGAGGCCAUGGAGGUUGGAGCUCCAACCACGCCAAGUAAUUUAUUUGACUUCAUAGAGAGAGUAUUAAAUCAAGCUCUACAUCAUCCAGCAACCCGUCUUCAUGCUGCUCUUCUAUCACGAUCGGUUCAUCUCUGCUUCUCUAUUCUCUGACCUGCCAUGAGUUCCAUGUUUUUCAUAUUUCUCGAUCACAUUUCUAGCUAGGCUUAGCAUAUUCUUUUA